AUGAUGCUGCGCCGCGUCCUCUGCGUGCUUUUCCUUGCCCUCUGCUGUGCGUGCGUGUGCGCCACGGCUCAGGAGGAGGGGCAGUAUGAUGUUGCUGUUGUCGAGGCUGGGGAGGGCCAGGAUCAAACUACAACCACCACCACCACAACAACAACUACUACUACUACGACGACCACCACCACCACCAAUGCACCCGCCAAGGACACGACCACCACCACCACCACCAAUGCACCCGCCAAGGACACGACCACCACCACCACCACCAAUGCACCCGCCAAGAAAACAACCACCUCCAAGGCACCGACUCCUGGCGACGGGAGCGGCCUCGGCGGCCCUUUGUGGGUUCAGGUGCCGCUGCUGCUGCUUGUCAGUGCCGCUGUGGCGACCGCCGGUGCUGCGUGCUGA